AUGAUUCAUCUAUUCUAAGUAUGUUUUAGCUUUAGAUCUUUCCAAACUGAAUUCAAUAAAGAGAUAUUUUAAAAAUCUUGUCCCGGCUAUCAUUAAUAUUGGCCAGAUAUUUAUCCCCAUACGUGUUCAGGUGUUCCAAGGGAAUGUACUAAUACUAAUCAACUCAGACAGAUUAUAUUAAAUAAUUAUGAAGUUCUAUGCCAUCCAUAGAUCAAAGGUUAUAUCCUAUACUGGAAUUACGAUACUCAUAUACUUCUAGGAUGGUGGCCAUAUGUUAUGAUAUACUCAUAUGAUCCAAACGGGAAUUUAAUUUUUACAACUGAAGGAGUAUCUCUGUUGAAUCGUAAUGGUUGUUUAAUCGGACAAAAGUAUAAUGGUAUUUACAAAUGCAUUUAUUGUGGUGGCUACAAUUACGGCCAGAAUUGUGCUACAUCUCCAUUUCCUAGAGUUUGUGGUCAAUAUUGUAAGACGUGUGAUGCAACCAAUACAUAAUGUGCCAGUUGUAUACCUGGUUAGUCUCCAUUAGAUAGCGAUGACCUAAAAUGCACAUUAACCUGUGAACCAGGUCAUAAAACCUGUUAAUAUAUAGAUUCUAUCUAUUCUUUUAGUGGAUGUAUGGAUGGUUACGAGUUUUUAGAUUAAUAAUGUGUUUAAUGUCCAAUCAAUUGUUAAGUCUGUUCUUCUGGAAUAUGCUCAUAAUGUAUGUGGCCUUAUACUUUAAAAAUGUCUUAAUGUUUUGAAGAUAGAAAUUGCAUGCAAUAUGAUUAUAUAUAUGAUUCUAAUGGAGAACCCAUUGAAACAGAUUGCAAAUAAUGCGAUGUUGGAUAUUUUAAAAAAGGAACUCGAUGUUCUUCUUGUUAAAAUGAACCAGGGUUAGAGAAAUGCUUUAUAUGUCAUAAUGCAAAUGAAUGUAAAAGUUGUUUUGCAACACACUAUUUAACUGCUGAUAAAAAGUGUGCUCUUUCUACGGUUGGAUGCAAUUCGCCGUGUCAAACCUGUUUAGUAACAGAUCCAAAUUAUUGUACAACUUGUUUUUAUCAAUACAAACUAACCGCAAGAAUUAUUCCUGGUUAAUGUGUUUGUGAUUAAAUUGAAGGAUAUGCAAAAUUGAAUGACAAAUGUGUUUUAUGUACCAUUGGAGAUUGUUAAACAUGUACAUUAACAUUUGGAGAUUGCACAUCAUGUAAUCCAUUAAGAAAUAGAACACUAAUUGGGAAUACCUGUCCUUGUAAUUAAGGAUAUUAUGAUACAGGAUUAGAGGAUAGGAUUUGUCAAUAAUGUUAUCCUUCAUGUUACAAUUGUUCUGGACCAUAUGAUAGUGAUUGUACUGAUUGUGGAGAUCCAAAUAUUUUUCACAAAUCGUUAGUUAACGGUAAAUGUAUUUGUGCCAUAAGAACAAUUGAAAUUAUCUAAGAUUCUGGGUCAACAUUAUGUCUUCGUAAGAAUUCUAUACAAAAUCUAGCCUGUCACACAAGAUGUGAAAAAUGCCAAUUGCCAGCAGACAAUACAUCAAAUUAAUAUUGUACAAUGUGUAUAGCAGGACAAAAUAGAAUUGUAUCUGAUGAUGUGAAAUGUAUUUGUAGAAGUGGAUAUGGAGAAGACGGAAUUCAGGAUAUUUGUUUUAAAUGUCAUUAUUCUUGUCUUAGAUGUAAUGGACUGCUAUCAAAUAAUUGUACUGAAUGCUCUAUUGAAGAUCACCGUUAUUUGACUUCAGAUAAUAAAUGUUUAUGUUCCCCGUCCUAUUACGAUUCAGGGAGAAACGAAGUAUUUUGCUAUUUGUCUUGUCAUCAUUCAUGUGUUAACUGUCUUACUGCAGGAGCAGAUUAAUGUACAAGUUGUCCUUCAACAAGAUAACCAGAUAGAAUCGGUUCUACAUAUUAAUGCUUGUGCAAGGAUUCAGACUAUUAUAGCGAUUAAUCUUAAUUAGAAUGCUUAAAAUGCCAUUUUUCUUGUAAAACUUGCUAUGGAAGUUAAAACACGAAUUGCUUAACUUGUGACUUGAAUUACAGAUAAUUAAUAUAAUCGAAAUGUGAUUGUCCUUAUGAGUACUAUGAUGUAGGUCAAUUACUAUGUUAAAAGUGCCAUUACACAUGUAGAACCUGUUUUGAUUCUUAAAUCAAUAAUUGUAUCACUUGUUCAAUACAAAACAAUAGAAUAAUUAAAGGAAAUUUAUGCUUAUGUAUGGAUGGGUACUUAGAAAAAUAAAUAGGAUUCUAAAUGUGCAUAAAAUGCUCAUAUCGAUGUGCCUCCUGUAGUGGAACAAUAAAUCAUUGUGAUGCUUGUCCAGAUUUUUCAUUUCGGAAUCUUGGAGUAGACAACUCUUGCUCUUGUCCAUCAUAAUACAUUGAUUAACCUGAAAAUCCAAUAUGCACUGCUUGCCAUAAUACUUGUUUGACAUGUAGUGGAAAUUAAUCAAAUUAAUGUACAACUUGCAAUACAUCUAUUGGAAGAGAAUUAAAUAAUUAGGGUGAGUGUAAGUGUGCUUCAAAAUAUUUUGAUUCCGGAGUCACAGAAUGUUAAGCUUGCAGUAAUCUUUGUAUUGAGUGUAUUACCUCCUCAACCAAUUGUACUUCUUGUCAACCAGAAAAAUAUUUAAAUGGAAACACCUGUUAAUGCAAAACUAAACUUCAAGGUUUUUCAGUAUCUACAUAUUAAAAUCUAUCAACUUGCUCACUUUGUCAUUAUUCUUGUUUAAGUUGCAAGGGACGUUUCUCUUCAGAUUGUAUUUCUUGUUGGGACUAAGAUAAGAGAACUUUAUCAGGUACAACCUGUAUUUGUUAGCCUGGUUACUUCGAUACAGGGAUAGCUAAAUGCUCUUAAUGCAAUUUUAGUUGCCUAACCUGUGCAGUUUUAAAUACUUAAUGCUUGUCUUGUCCUCCUUAAAGUUUAAGAGUUUUAAAACAAUCCUAAUGUUAAUGCCAAUCAGGCUAUUACAGUGAUGGAAUUAAUAUUAUUUGCUAGAAAUGCCAUUAUUCUUGUAUGACUUGUUAUCAAUUAGAUACAAAAUGUGACACUUGUUCAACCACAGCUAAAAGAUAAUUCAACAGCAUUCUAAACUCUUGUUUUUGCAAUGAUUAUUAUUAUGACAAGGGAGUGGAUGUUUGUGAAAAAUGUCAUUAUUCUUGUUUUAAUUGCUAGGGUUAAGAUUCAAAUCAAUGCACAACCUGCGUAGAUUCGAAUGUUUCUUUUAGGGUUUAUAAUGGUGGAUCUUGUUAAUGCUUAAUCGGGUAUUAUGACGAUGGAUCAUCUGUUAAUUGUAAGAAAUGCUUUAUUAAAUGUGCUACUUGUUAGAGCUAAUCAAUUUAUUGUACUUCAUGUCCAUUUACAAGGCAUUUGAAUGGGAAUUAAUGUGAUUGUGAUUCUGGUUAUUAUGAAUCUGGACAAGAAAAAUGUUCUAAGUGUGAUUAGAGUUGUAUGAAUUGUAUUAUUAAUGCUAUUACAUGUACUGAUUGUGAUUAAUCAUAAUUACGAGUCUUAAACAAUUUGACUCUAAAAUGCUAAUGCUAAAAUGGCACAACUGAAAUUAAUGGAGUUUGUUAAUACUGCGAUAUCUCUUGUAAAACAUGCUUAAGCACUUUGACUAAUUGCACAUCUUGUGAGAUAAUGAAAAAAUUAUAAAAUAAUAUCUGCAUAUGCAUUGAAGGCACAUAUGAAAUAGAGAUCAAUAAAUAAUGUUUGCUAUGUGAUCAAAAAUGUAAGACCUGUAUUAAUCAAGCAAAUUAUUGUUUAACUUGUUCAGAAGAAAAUUUUAGAAUAUUUGGUUUUGGAAAUGUAUGUAUUUGUAAGGAAGGAUAUUUUGAGGAUUCCUUUUUUUAAUGUAUUUAAUGUCAUUAAUCUUGUCUCACUUGUUAAGGCAAUUCUAAGUUUUGUUUAUCUUGUGAUCCUGCAUUGUACUUAUAAUUAAACUAAUAAAAUUAAUGCAUUUGCUCAUCUAAUUAUUAUUUUAAUACUUCAACUAAGAAAUGUGAAGCUUGUGAUAUAACAUGUAAGGAAUGUCAAAAUGUAUCAUAAUGCAUUGAAUGUGAACCUAUUACUAGAUAUUAUGAUGGAAAUAAUUUUUAAUGUCUAUGCAAAUAAGGAUUUUAUGAAACCAAUUAAAGAACUUGUUAAUAAUGUGAUUUAACUUGUAGGACAUGUAUAAAUUUAUCAACUAAAUGCUUAACAUGUGAACCUCAGUAUUUUAGAAUUCUUAAGAAUUCUAACAAAUGUUUUUGCUAUGAUGGCUACUUUGACGUAGGGAUUGAAAUGUGUCAAAAAUGCAAUGAUUUAUGUAAGACUUGCUAAUCUUAAUCCUCAUAAUGUUUGGCUUGCUAUGAGACUGAAUAAAUCAGAAUAUUACAAAAUAAUACCUGUAUAUGUAAAUCUGGAUAUUUUGAUAAUGAAUAACUGAUUUGUGAAUAAUGUUCAAAAUCUUGUUUAACCUGUUAAGGAAAAAGUGAUUAUUGUACAAGUUGUGAUGUCAAUAUGAAUAGAAUUGAUUAAUCCGCAAUUCAUAAAUGUCCUUGUUAAACCAAUUUUUUUUAAGAUUCAAAUGAAGUGUGUUAAAAGUGCCAUAUUAAGUGUUCUGGUUGUAUUUAGAAAGCUGAUAAAUGCAUAAGUUGCAAGGCAUCGAAUACAUCUAAUAGAUUAACCAUUACCUAAAAUUGUGACUGUAAAGACGGAUAUUAUGAUGACGGAAUAUAAUUUUAAUGUUAGAGAUGCAAUUAUUAAUGUAAGACUUGCAUCUAAUCAUCAUCAAAUUGUUAAACAUGCUUUGGCAAUUUGAGAGAAGGAGCUCCUGCUUGUAAUUGCAAAAUUGGUUUUUUUAUAACUGAAUACUAGACUUGUGAACGUAAUUAUAUUGAAAUUUAUUUAGCUUGUGAUAAUAAAUGUAGUACAUGUGAGAAAAUCCCAUCAAAUUGCACUAUCUGCAAAGGUAACAGAAUAAACAAAUCAUGUGAUUGUUUAGAAGGAUAUUUCGAAGCUGGAUAACAAGAUUGCAUUUAAUGCAAUUUUUAGUGCAUGACUUGCAGCGGAAACUAAUCCCGUUGCUUGUUUUGUAGAGGAGAUCGAACUAAUCUUCCUGUUUGCAAUUGUUAAGAUGGGUUUUAUGAUGACUAUCAAAGUUUAAAUUGCCUUAAAUGUGACCAAUAUUGUAGAACAUGCAAUCUAGAGGGUUGUUUAACAUGCAAUGGAAAUAGAGUGUUAUCAGAUGAAAAAACUUGUGAUUGCCCUUAGUACUCAAUUGACCAUACUGAUACUAUAUGGUGCUCAAGUUGUGAAGUUGCUGUCUUAGAUAUUAGAUUUUCUGAUGAUUUACUUUCAAUCUAAAUAUUAUUUGAUUUUUCUUUAAAUCGUAAUUACUUCUCAUCAUAGUAUUAAGAGAAUAUUUGCUUGAAAUUUCUAGCUGAUGAAACAAUUAAAUAAUUAGGAAAUAAUCCAAAUUGUUACUUAGAUGAGGAAGAUGAGAAAUAAAUUAUAUUAGAAUUAGGGUCUAAUCCUACGAUAUUUCCAGGAGAUUCAAUUAUAUUUUUAAAUUACUCUAUUGUUCAUAAUGAUUGCUCAAAAAAAUUGGGAUAAUUUGUUUUUAAUCAAGUAAAACUUCCUAUUAAUCUAAUAUAACCCAUAAUCGAGUAUGAAAUACCUCAAUAUCUGCUUAAUCCAUGUGAUGAUAAUAUUAUUUUGAUUAAGUCAAAAAGUCAACAUGGUCUUCGAAGUAUGAUAAGCAUAACUUGGUCUUACUUACUAAACGGAUUAAAUGGAAAGUCUAAUUUAGAAGACUUUGUUUUAUAAUAAACUAACCUAUAACAAUUGGAUUUAAAUAUUCCAUCACAGACUCUGCCAAAAUAAUCCCAAGUAACUUUUGUUGUUGAAUUUCAAAAUUUUAUAAAAUAAAAAGGAAAAUAGCAAAUUCUUGUUUAAACUCAUUCAGGACAAUUACCAACCAUUCUUUGGUAAGGAAAGAAAUAGGUGUAUACCUUUGAAAUAAUUUCACUGUUUUUUAAAAUUUAGAAAAAAGUAUGUUCAGAUUAAGAAGAAAUUAAGAAUGGUUUAUCUUAAUAUGAAGUAUAAUUAGUCGAAAUCAACAAAAAUAAUUCUAAUUCUAGACCAUCAAGAGUAAAUGUGUCUUAAACCGUAAGUGAUAAUUAUUUUGAAGUGAAGAUAGAACAAUACACAUUAUCACCUUACACUGCAUAUACUUUUAAAAUGGCUGUUUAUGAAACUCAAACAAGUUUUUCAUCUUCCUAAAAUAUAACAAUUGAAGUACUUCAAGGAGGUCUACAAUGCUCAUUUUAUGACACAAAAAGACUUUAAAAUUAUAGAAAAGACUUGAUUAUCAAUAUUUAUUGCAAAGAUCUUGAUACUUAAUAUCAAUGGAACGAAGAUCCGGAAAUUAAAAUAGAUAUUAGCUGUGCUGAUUUGACAAAGAAUACUUUUUGUACAAAUUCUAAUAAUAAUAAAAUCUUUUAAGUAAAUAAAACCGAUUUUGUACAAAUUGUUCCGAAACAAACUGUCAAGCCAUAUAGUAUAUGGGGUUGGAAUGUUAUUGCAUCAAAAAAAGGGCGUUAAUAUUUUUUUAAAUAUAACAUAGUUUUUUUAGAGAAUGAUUUUAAAACUCUUGAUGUUUCAUAUAGUAAAGGUUAUACAAUUAGACCAAUUAAUAGUUUUGAAACAUUACAAUUUGACUUUAAUAUAUCUUUUGAAGAUAGAUAGUAUUUGUUACAAUAUCAAAUUGCUAUAAUUUAUAACUUUGAAGUUUUGAAGAUACUUGAGCCUUAAUAGUAUUCUUAUUAUUUUCGUUUGUUUGAUCAUUAUUAAUAGUUUAAUAAAGGAAACCAAUUUAAUUUAAAAUUUUUAGCUUAAUUUACAAAUGAUAUACUACCUAGUCAGUAUGAUUUAUAAUUAAAUUUAAAUUAGCCUCCUAUUUGCUAAAUUAGAUUAGGUUCAAAAACCAUUUAAGCCUUAUAAACAUCAAAAAUUGCAGCAAAUUGUGAAAUAUAAGAAGAUUCCCCAUUUACCUACUAAUAUAGAUUCUUCUUAAAUAUUUAAGACUACAAGGAUUUUUAAAAGUAACUAACAGAUUAUUCUUUGAUUCUUAAUAGUUUUUAAUAAUCUAAUGCUUUUGAAAUAUAUUUGCCUAAUAGCGAAGGAGUUGUUUUAAUUUAGAUUAUGGAUUCAAAAGGAUCAAUUACAAAUAUUGAAUCCUAUUUGAAUGUUACUGAAUAUAAAUUAAAUUGCUCUGAUUUUGUCAUUAGUAAAUUAAAUUAUAAGCAUCAAAUUAUUUUGCUUUUGGAAGUUUUGAUGAACCAUUAUGAAUAAUCUGAUUGUUUUUAAUUUUCUGGAAAUUUAUUUAAAGAGGCAAUGAGCCUUAUUGAUUCAGAAGAUCUAUUUGAUUAAUUAUUGGCCCUUUAAACAAUAAAAUUAUAUAAGAGAUUUAUAAUUAAUUUCAACAAUUUCAAUUCCUCCAAAAGAAACUUAGCUGAAAUUGACUAAAAAAGUUGUUAUGAUAAUAACACAAAACGAAUAUUAUUUAACCAUCCUAAAAUUUAAAUUGAUACCUCAUAUGACAUUCUAACUGUUAAAAACGAAUUUAACAAAAUAUAAAAUUUUGCAAGAAAAAUGAUCUUAGCAAAAUCCAAUUUAGAAAAUCAAAUCUAUUAAGAUGAAAUUUUUAUGAAUGAACUAUUAUUUCAAUAUAAAUAAUCCAUUUCCAAUUCCUUAGACUCAAUUAUGCAAUAGAUUGAUGAUAUGUUUACCAAAAUAUCUAAGAUUUCCUUUAGAACUGAUAAUGAUCAAGAUUAAAUCAUUUUAAUUACAGAAAAAUUACUCCAUUUAAUCGAUGAUAUUGCUAUACAUGAAAGUGCAUAAGUAGAAGUAAAUGGUUAAUAAUUUACUUUAAACGGCUAACAGUUAAAAUAUUAAAUAGCCAAAAUAACCAAAAAUAUUUUUAACUAAUAAUUAGAUAUUGAAAACGAUUUGAUGGAUAGUUUGAUAGUAUUUGUCUAAAAAGAACAGUUGGAAAUUCAUUUCAAUUAUUUAAAUAUCUCGAAAAAGCAUAUAUAAGAAUUAAAAUUAUUUAUGAAUUCAUCUUAAUUGGAAAUUGAUCAACAAUUUUAUUCAAAAACAAAAGUAUAAAACUAUCUUUACAAAAAAUAAUAUAUUAAUUAUGAAUAACUAAAUACUAACUAUGCUAUUGAUAUGACUCAACACUUUUACUGCAAUGAAACAAAUUUACCUGCUUAUGAUUUCUAAUGUGUUUAGUACAUUAAUAAUGGAUCACUCUUUUUGUGUAACAUUUUAAUUUAGGAAAAUAAUCUUAAAUAAUAUAUUUAGGUAUCUUGCCAAUGUUAAUAUUUGGGAAUUAUAUUUUUAACUAGAUAAUUAAUUUAAUCUGAAAAUACCACAGAAACUUUCUCAUUUUCUAACAUUUCAUAAAGAAAUGAUGCCAAUUGUGAUUUACACAAUUAACCUUUUCUAUUAUUUCAUGGUAUUUACAUAAUCUUUUCAUUAUUCAUGUAUUAUGAGUUACAAAAAUUAGAAAUUUAAAAAAUUAUUGAUUCAAUUUAAAAAUAGAAGAUCAUUAGAUUUUAUAACUUUCAUAACAUUUUUAGAAUUUAUAUAAAAUCCCUAAAAGUAAGAAUAAAAUCAUCUUAUUAGUUUAUUCAUGAAAUAAUUUGCUUAUUUUACAGCGAAGACCAAAUAAUUACUAAAAGUUAUAAAUUCCUUAAGCUCUCCAUUUUUUUAAGUAUCUUAAUUCCAUUAUCCUUUUUUGAAACAUAUUUUAUGGUUAAAGAAACAUUUACUUUUAUUUUAAUUACUAAUUAUUUACUAUUGUUGUUUUUAAGAAUGAUCUUUAAGAUAUUUGAAGCCAUUUAUAGAUUUAAAGGAAAGUGCAAGUCCUUUGUAAUAAUAUCGUAUUUAGUAAUCCAUUUUUCAUCUUAUUGUUUAUUAAUAUAUCAAAUCAAGUAAAAAUAGAAAAUUAUUUAGAAAUAAAUGCAACCCAGAGUUUAAUUAUAAUAUGCUAAUCUUAAUAGGUUGCACAAUCAUAUUGAGUUAUGCAUUUUUAGACCUAAUUUUAAUAUUUCUAAGAAUUCUCCUUUACUUUUAUAUUGCUUCAAUAAUAAAAAUGUACCAAUUAGAUCCAUUAAAAUAAUUUAUCUAUUUUUUUAUUUAGUAAUAUAAAUUGGAUCAAAUAUUUUUGGUUGGAAUUGA